UAUCCCCGUUUUCUUCUUCACUCCUCGACAAACUCUACCAAUCUCAAUUCUGAAAUUAGUAUAACCGAUCAAGAUCGAGGAGGAGCCAAUCGACCAAUCGUGCUUCUGCAAAGAAGAUCUCGCGGUAAGAUCGACGCCGUCGGCGAGACGGCACCGGUUAUUACACGAACCAGGCCGUACGAAACAAGAAUUCUGGAUUCUCCUUUUCAGGAAAUUUGCCGCUGGAUCGAAUGCUACCUUUCCCCUUCCGAUCAUCUUGUCAAGUUCUUAGCUUUUCAAUUUUGCAUGGAGACACGGAAGGGACUCAGCUGCAGUUUUGGGGCACAUAUUGACUCUUUUGUGUUCGAGAGUCAAAUUUCCAUAGAUUAGAGCUGUUGAUGAUGCUGAAUGAGCGGUGAAAGCUGUGAAUUUGUCGGCAUGAGUUUGCGUUACAUCGCGGUGUCGGCAGUAUGCUCUGCGCUGAGCUUCGCCGGGCUUCAGUGGUGGAUGCUCUCAUUGCUCUCGAAGAAUGGUCUUGGCCUGGGGGAUGCAGGACGUGUUGUGGAGGUGCUCGUUGGAUCAAACGUCACGAUUGCUUUACUGAUCAAUCUAGCACUUAAUGCAUAUAUCCUUCUAGUUCUGUGUCUAAAGAUGUUGUUCUUUAAACAAUUGUAUGCAUCAGAGUCUCGGAAACUGAUGGAACAGCUAAUUAACUAUGUUAUAUAUAAGGGAACUUUUCUUCCUUUGGUUGUACCACCUAAUUUUUCGCAAACUGUUUUAUGGUCAACUUGGCUGGUUGUUCUUUGUUCCCUCAAGAUGCUUCAAUCCCUUGCUAAAGAUCGGCUUGAGCGGCUAAAUGCAUCACCUACCACCACACCCAUCAAAUAUUUCCGUGUAUUUUCUGCUUUAUUACUUGUGCUUGCUGCUGAUAUGUUUUGGCUAAAGCUGUGCAUGGUGGUAUAUACUUCUUUCAGAUCCAGUUUAUUUUUGCUUCUGUUUUUUGAGCCUUUCAGUAUAGCUUUUGAGACAUUGCUGGCUAUCAUGAUACAUGGAUUUCACCUGAUUGAGAUAUGGCAUCGUCAUUCAGUUGAAGACGGCAGCGACUGCUUGGAGUCACAUGACUUUUAUAAAUCUGCAGCAGGAUCUUUGACAGAGUUGAAAGGACAACUUAUACGAAAUUGUGGUUUUCUUUUAGACGUGAUGGCUUUAUUGAUGGGAGUAGGUCAUUACGUGAUAAUAUGGUGGCUUCAUGGCAUGGCAUUUCACCUUGUGGAUGCUAUUCUUUUCUUGAACCUGCGUGCUAUUUUAAGUGCAUUGGUUAAGCGGGUGAAAGGAUUUAUCAAGUUGAAGAAGGCAUUAAAUUCCCUAGACGGAUCCCUUCCUGACGCUACAACUGAAGAGCUCUCUGAAUUUAAUGAUGAGUGUGCAAUUUGUAGAGGACCAAUGGCCAGGGCUAAAAAGCUACCCUGCAAUCAUCUCUUUCAUCUUGCGUGCUUAAGAUCCUGGCUGGAUCAAGGCUUGACUGAGGUGUAUUCCUGUCCUACUUGCCGGAGACCUUUGUUUACUUUGACUCAGGAUCGAACAAAUUCCAUUGAUCAGCAAAUCCCAAUUGAUGGGCAAAUUACUGAACAUACUAAUUUGAGGGAUGACCAUAGAAGAAUAUUAGCUCAUGCAUCACCUGCUUCUCCAUUUCCCAACCAGCAACAGAAUUUUUCUGAUACAAUGUGGAGCAGAGUAGGGUUUGAUUCUAGCUGGGUAUCUCCUUGGACGAAUUCCAGAAUAGAUGGUGCCAGCACAUCCAGUGCAAUCAGAUCUGUUGGGCUAAGUGGAGUCCAAAUGAUGAUGAGGCAGUUAGCUUCCGUUAGUGAAAAUUAUGCUCAUAGUUCUUCUAUGGACUCUCCAUUUUGGAACUUAUGGCCGAGUCUCCAUGCUUCAGCAUCCUCUCCACCUCAACCUUCUCUGAAUAAUACCAGGAAUCCCGUAGGCAUUAGAUUUAGAAACACAACGCCUCCUUCAGACCUUCUUGCCAUGGUAGAUAGGGUAAGAGAGGUUUUACCCCACAUGCCUGAUGAACUAAUUAUUCAGGAUCUAUCAAGGACCAACAACAUCAAUCUUACCGUGAAUAAUCUUCUCAUGAUGCAAUAGUGAAGGCUCACAAGUUGGUACAUAUGUAUGAACUCUGCUAUUUAUAUUUAGUUGGGAUAGGAUGGGUUUGCCUGUUAAUAGGCUACAGGUUACAUCUAAUUUUUUUUUUUUACUUGAGCUUUUGUCCGCCAUAUAUUUCCUUCAAGAGAUGAAUAUUCUAGAGUCGGCCCAUGUAUAGUAUAGUAGUAUGAGUCUUCGCCAAUGAUUUGAUACACUGAAAAAAUGUGCAGAAACAUUCUUGCCUUCAAUGAAAUACUUGCGUAAUUUGGUUGCA